ACAGCUAAGAAUGACAGGAGAAUGGCAAAUUGGAAAUCACAUAACCUCACAAAAGUGCUCAAUUUUAUUUUUCUACAGAUUUUUCAUGAUUUUCCAUUAAAUUUUCACAAAAUAUGGGUGAAUUUGAGUGGCCAUGGGAGUACAAUUUUCCCCCGUUUUUUACUAUGCAACCUCACGAUAAAACCAGGGAACACCAGCUAAAAGUCUGGACAGAUUUGGUUCUCAAGUAUCAGAAACACAAAAAUGAAGCCAUUCUCACAGUCAAUCAGGACACACCUUUAUUUUCCAACGACACAAUCAAGAGACAAUUGUCUCCGGACGCAAGGCUUCAGAUCCUAGAAGAGCUGCAAAAAACGGGAAAUGCCGCUCCUCUAGACAAAAAAACUCGAUGGGAGAUCUACUGGUACACCCUGGAUGAAUGGGCGGAUAAGAUUUAUGCCUGGGUAACAAAUAGUGGCCUCAAUAACACCGUUUGUACCCUCUAUGAGCUCACAAAUGAAAAUCCCGAUGAAGAGUUUUACGGAUUGGAUCAUGGAGUGCUCAGGAAAGCCCUCAAGAAGCUAGAGGAACAGAGAAAAUGCGAAUUAUUCGAUGACGAUUUAGAUGGUGUUAAAUUUUUCUAACUCCAGUCAUUGCCGAUCCUUGAUGGAAUCAAGACAGAGUUGAUCAAAGGAUAUCAUCAUAGAUAAAAGAUUCUCUAAGAUGAGAAUCUAACAAAUGUGAGUUCAGAUCAGUUUGUAUUUAAUAAAAUUAUGUACAUAAUCCACUUUUAUGAUAACUUUUAGUAAUUUUUUUGCAAGAAUAUUGUAUAAAAAUAUUUUAAGUGUUUAGCAACUUUAUACAAUUUUAUCAGAAAUCGCUUGUAAAAAGGAAGUAAAGACAUCCAGUCGUAUUAAUUGUCUUAUUAAUCAAGAAUAAUAAAAUAUAUUACUUUAUUAAAAAAAA